GCUCAUGGCUCCAGGAUGAACAUGAAGUGGUAAGAUGUCUUCCAGAAAUUACUGGGAACAACUGACAGCGACAACUUCUACAUCAAGUGAAGUCGUUCGCUAAAAGGUUAAGGUGCUCCUGCUAGCGGUGCGCAGGCAAAAUUUUUAUCGUGUUCCAUCAGUCUUGGACGGCUAGAGGAGGAUCCCAAAUUCAAAACCGGGUUCGUCUUUUUGUCGAAGGUUCUAUCCGCAUCAAUCUUAGCAGUGCACCUAGUAUUAACAAAAGAAUACCAAGGAGCCGAGUGCAGUGGGAGUGAGAGUGAGAACCGAAGGAAGAGGAAGACGGAACAGCCGGAAACUGCAAAAGACAGCGUUGCUGCUUUCAUCUAAAACCUUGUGUGCCGCGAGCGUGAGUGUGAGACGUCUUGAGCAUGUCCUCUCAAAACCAGCAACUUUUGCGAUCCGUGAAAAAAUAUAUAUUUGUAAGUUAGUAUAAGGGCGGUUGCAACUAUACCUGGACAUUUCUUAGUCGUUCCAUUUGUCUCGUUGGAGUGUAGUUUGAAGUCAUCCCUGUGACUUUACAGAAGACAAAAGUAUCAAUAUGUCCCGUUGCAUGUUGCCGAAGCUUGCUCGUCCGGCUAUGCUUGCUGGAUGCAUGGGGGGUGUCGUCGUUGCCCGCCUAGGCCCGCGCGACGGUGCUCUCGAUAGGAAAAGCGGUGGGAAAACGGCUGUCUUCGGUGCUGAUGGCGAAACAAGUGUGCUCCAAGUCAACAAGGCUGUGCAGAAGGAUGUGAAUGUGGCGAGUGUAAGGACCGCUGUGAGUGCGGCUCAAAAGGCAUUGGCGGACGCCAGCAAAGAGCUGAGUUCAGCGAAUACCGAAGGUACAUUCUGAUUAUAGCUGAUUUGUGUAGGAUGGUUGUUCUCAACGUGGUCAGGUUGAUAAGUACAGGAAUGAUCGGGGCCUAAACCCUAAGCAAAAGGAAUGUGGAGAUUCUUUCCUGUGAGCUCAAGUACUCACUCAUCAAUGUUGUAUAAUUCUCAUGAUGACUCCCGCCAGAUGCCCGAGCAAGAGAAUUCUUCCUCAAGUGGGGGAAAGGAUUGGGUACAUCAAGAAUAGCGGUUCCAUCAAUAGGCGUUGAGGAUAUCCGUUGCGGGCUGAGAUAUGACGAGUCUUUUAAUUACGACGAUCAUGCGGUGGAGUGGACCCGCAUCCCGAAUCGUGACGACAUGGUUGCGACGAUGAACGCCGUAGCCAGAGAGGAAUCGGAAAUCUUAACGGACUAUGUUGGACUAAAGGAGUUCAACAAGCUGUACACGUGGCUUCGCGAAGCUCAGCGAGAUGACGCAACUAGUAAAACCAGUCACAGUUCAUUAAUAUGCAGCAAAAAUCAACUUCAAGAACAUGAAUCAAGACCAUCAAACUAUAGAAUUUACGUUAUAAACAACCCAAAAUUCUCCUCUCAGGUUUUACUAUCAAGCCGGACGAAACAGAGUUGCUUGCGACUUUGCAGCGAAAGAAGCAACGUAGGACAAUUAGUAAAAUCAGUUAGAGAGAGUUCAUUAAUAUUAAAAAACCUUUUUGAUGCUGCAAAAAUCAACUUCAAGAACAUGAAUCAAGACCAUCACUUUAUAGAAUUUGACGUUAACCCAAAAUUCCCCGCUCAGUCCUCGCCACGAUUCGAGGAGGAUGAAUGCGAACGUGCCAUUCAUGAGUCAAAAAAAUGGUCGGGAAAGUUGCAUCUUGAUGUUGAAGGAGGAUGAGAUGGUCACUGGUCAGAAACUUGGUGGGAAAGCAAGCGCAUGCGUGAAGUACUACCUUCUUUUCGUUUAGCUUUCCUAAGGCUGGUUGUGCUGUUCCUAGCACUAUGAUUUUCGCGAAAAAAAAAUGCAAAAUAACAAUACGACUCUUGAUUUAGGUUAUUUGGAAUAAUGUAGCUUACUCAAGAACUUAGAAUCGACGCUAUGGUAGUGAGUUAUUCACUCUCCCCCAACAAACAGGAGAUCUUACCUUUCGGGGUGUCUUGGUUUCUGGUCCAAACCGACGUUGGAUGGUGAUAGCUGAGGUGCUUCUUAGGAUUGGGAGUAGCAUGCUUGUGGGAUACUGGUGUGUAGUUGAUGAAAUACUUUUAGUAAGUUAGGCGAUAUUGUUGAGAUGAUCUAUUUCCAUUGUAUGAAGACAGAAACCGCGGUGACGGAAACUACUUCAACUCUGUGCGUUACACUGAAACACAGAGAGGACGAAGAGGAAGAUGGUCUAAUGUCUGCGUGACACCUAGAAUUUUUAGAUUGUGAUCGAUGAUGAAUGGAUAGAAAACAUUUCCGACGCGUUAGCAUUUUUCGCAUGAAAGUCCCUGUCCCAGAAUGAGAAUGAGUAUACCCUUGACGAUACUUUUUCCCUUUAGUGGUUUUUCUUUUGUUUUUUCCUAUGAGUGUAUGGACCAGACCUUGUAAUGCAUGAUAUCGUAUCUUUGUUGCUCACUGAGCCAAGAUGAUCCGGCUGGUCGAGUUCAUCAAAGAGGGCUACCACAAUCCUUGAGGCUGAUCUUUCCUAAAGUCGGUUGUGCCACGAUGAGCUGCAGCGAAGAGGCGUUGGUAGUAAGAAGUUCCGCUGGUCGGUAGCGAAGUUCGGUUGGUUACACAAGGUGAGAGCGAAUACGUGCAGAUCGGUUGCAACUUGUAAGAG